AUGAGAGUUCCAUUUGUUUCAUGGUUUUCUUUCAUUCUCUGCUACCUGCUGUAUCUCACUAUCUACAUCUCUGUUGUCUCUGGCCAAUGUCGUGAGGAUCAACAGUCAUUGCUGCUGCAAUUGAAGAACAACCUUACGUUCAUGCCAGAGAGUUCCACCAAACUCAAGUCUUGGAAUCAAAACAUUGCCUGUUGUCAGUGGAGGGGUGUAACCUGUGAUGAGGAGAGCCAUGUUAUUGGUCUUGACCUGAGUAGAGAGUCAAUCUCUGGUGGAUUUGACAAUUCAAGUAGCCUUUUUGGCCUCCAACAUCUCCAGAAUUUGAAUUUGUCUUUCAAUAACUUCAAUUCAGUGAUUCCGUCCUCAAUCAAUAAGUUAGAGAAUCUAACUUAUCUGAAUUUGGCAUAUGCUGGCUUUUGGGGGAAGAUUCCAAUGGAAAUUUCUCAACUGUCGAGGUUGGUUACCCUCGAUCUCUCAAAUAGUUUUCUACUAGUGGAACUGGAGAUCCAAAAUCUAGGAAUGUUUGUCCGAAACUUUACCAAAAUAAGACAACUUUUUCUAGAUGGUGUGACUAUAUCAGCUCAUGGACUAGCAUGGCAAGCUGCUUUGUUGCAAAUUCCAACUCUGCAAGAACUGAGCAUGGUUUAUUUGCCAGAAACUUUUGCCAAUUUCAGAAAUCUGACAACCUUGAAUCUUGUUGAUUGUCAAUUGAUUGGGAUGUUUCCACAAAGGAUCUUCCAGAUGCCAACGUUAUCCCUUAUUGAUAUAUCAUAUAACAAUGAUCUUCAUGGUUUCUUUCCUGAGUUCCCGCUAAAUGGAUCUCUCCUGAACUUGCUCGUAAGUAACACAAAUUUCUCUGGUCAACUUCCAAAUUCUAUUGGUAAUUUAAGACACUUGUCCUUUCUGGAUCUUUCUUUUUCUCAAUUCAACGGAUCACUACCCAACUCAGUAUCAAAUCUCACCCAACUUGUUCAUCUAGAUUUGCAUUCAAAUAACUUCAGUGGCUCAAUUCUGUCUUUAGGCAUGUGCAAGAAACUCCAAAGUAUAUCCCUCUCGGAUAACUCUUUCACUGGUGCAAUACCUGCUAACUUUGAAGAUCUUGUAAAUUUAGUUGACAUUCACCUACACAAUAAUUUCUUCACUGGAAUGAUUCCCUCCUUUAUAUUCACGCUCCCAUCACUGCAUGAGGUGCAUCUUUCCAACAAUAAAUUUGAAGGUCAACUCUAUGAUUUCAUAAAUGCCUCCUCUAGAAUACAAUGGCUUGAUCUGAGGGGAAAUCAUUUAGAAGGGCCCAUUCCCAUAUCUCUGCUUCAACUCACAAAUCUUCAUGAUCUCAUACUCUCUUACAAUAAGUUCAGCGGCACAGUAGAGCUCAAUAUGCUUAGCAAGCUGAGAAACCUCACUACACUUGACAUUUCAUACAACAACUUGACAAUAAUUGAUGCAUCGACUCCACUGACUCCCUUUCCAUUAUUUCCGAGUUUGUCAUCGGUAAGUUUAGCUUCUUGCAAGUUGACAUCAUUUCCACAAUUCUUGAAAAACCAUUCACUAGUACAUAUUGACCUAUCAAAUAACCUUAUUGUUGGCACUAUACCACAUUGGAUUUGGGAAAACAAUUUUCUUAUGCAUAUCAAUCUUUCAUAUAACUACCUGACUGACUGGGAGAAACCUAUGUUGAACAAUCUGUCUUCUUUGUUCAUCCUUGAUUUUCAUUCAAAUCUUCUCCAUGGACCUCUUCCAACUCUACCCCAAUCUGCUGUCUAUUUAGAUUUUUCAAGUAACAAUUUGAGUUCUGUUAUCUCAUCGAAAAUUGGCAAAUAUCUUGAAAGUACCAUGUUUCUCUCUUUCGCGAGCAAUAAUUUGCAAGGGAACAUCCCAGAAACAAUAUGCAAUGUUCCAAAUCUUAAAGUGCUCGACCUCUCUAAUAAUUCUUUGACUGGCACAAUUCCGAAAUGCUUGAUUGCAAUGAAUGGAACGCUUAGCAUACUAGAUUUAGGGAGGAACAAACUGAGUGGCACUAUUGAUUUUCUUCCUGGCUUGUGUUCCUUAAGAACACUACAUCUAAAUGGCAAUUCUCUACAAGGAAAGCUUCCAAAAUUUCUGGCUAGUUGUGCAACGAUGGAAAUUUUAGACAUUGGUCACAAUCGGAUACAUGAUCAUUUCCCCUGUUGGUUGAAGAACAUAUCCACCUUACGUAUUCUUAUUCUGCAAUCCAACAAAUUACAUGGCUCCCUAAAAUGUGGAGGAGCCAAGGUAGUAUGGCCACACCUUCAGAUUUUUGACCUUGCAUCCAACAAUUUUGGUGGUGGAAUUCCAUUGUCAUUCUUUGGAAACUGGAAAGCAAUGAUAGCUGAUAAAAAUGAUGGGAGCUUGUCCUAG